CGAUAAACCGGAAUAAAUCAAAUAAUCGGAGGAUCCGGUUUUAAAUUCAAGUUUUAUACCUUUUGUAUGUCACAAUAUAUAUUAUAUACACCGACAACAGUUCUUCUCCUCUAUCUUGGCUUCGAAUCUAGAUCUGAUCCAAAUCGCACUGAGGCAGAGUGAUGGGGCGUGGAGUCAGCAGCGGUGGGGGACAGAGUUCACUUGACUAUCUCUUUGGAAGUGGUGAGCCAAAGCCCACCACAGGCAAGGCAGAGGUGGCGGCUGCAGCUCCACCUCCGCCAAAGCCCACUGCUAGUGAACCACCUCCUAAGCCUACAGCCGUUGUUCCCCAGCCAGAUAUUACAAAACAGAUUCCUGCUGGGAUCCAAGGUACCCAGACCAAUAACUAUUUCCGAGCUGAGGGCCAAAACACUGGCAACUUCCUCACGGAUCGACCUUCAACCAAGGUUCAUGCAGCACCAGGUGGUGGCUCGUCUUUGGGCUACCUGUUUGGUGAUGGUAGCAAGUGAUACUAUGCAUUCCAACAAGUGCUAAGUGCUGUUUGAUGUCAAUGUAGACCCUGGUUAUGGCUUAAACAAAUUCUACUUUCCAUUUCUUGGUACUUGUUGACUUCAGAUUUGUAAUAUAUUUUAUCAAACCAUUGCAGUCAUCCCCUCUUGUGUUCUUUGGUUUAAAUGUAGUUAUUGUGUUAACGAUU